AUGAAUCUGAUACGGAUUGCGGUGACGCUAGCGAUCUUGGCGUUGUCCAGCGCAUUCCCACUUUUUGAGAAUUUCUCGUUAACAGAUGACGUCGCAGAGACAACAACACCAGUUGUGAUUCAUCAUCGCCAUAGAAAGCAUCACUAUCGCCAUAAACAUCGUCGACGCAGCUUAGCAUCUAAGGAAGAGGCUAAAUUACGGAGAAACAAACACUUACUGCUAACAAAACCUUAUUGGCCUUGGCCUUAA